GGGAACGGAGGAUGAUGUGAAAAGGGCAUAAGCGAUGAUACGUCCCGGCAAGCAACCGGAGCAUCUCUGCAACGAAGCUGCAGGUGCUGUGCAGUGGUCGGUGGCCACAUAAUUCUUGUUUCUGAUAACCCAUUCGGUGCCAGAGGCCUAGGAAAGCUUUUUAAUUACUGCUUUCCGCUGAUACAUUGAUGAUUCCAGACUUCAGAUGACACCACCCACUGUCUUGUGCAGCUGGAGGAGAUAGAGAUGUAGAUAGAUGGCACAGUGCUGGACCAGAAACCAUUCGGACUGUCCUUCAGCAAAUCAGGCAGAUAAAAAAACCAAAGUGCUGAGAAAGUGGUCUGCAUUCCUUACAAUCCUACCCUAAAAGAAAACAAGACAGCUGGGAUAUUAAGAGAAAUGUCUUCUCAGAAAGAGUGGCCAGGUGUUGAAACAGCCUUCGUGGGAAGUGGUGGAGUCAUCGUCUUUGGAGGCAUUCCAGAACUGUGGAGAUGUGGCACCAAGAGAUGGGGUUAGACCACAGUUUAGACGUAAGAACUUGGAUCCUGACAACUUGAGUACAGAGGCAAAAAAAGGACUAUCGCUACUGGAUGUAAAAAAGGCAACUUUUAGCUAUUUGCUUUAAAGGCACAUCCUGUGGGGAUUACAAGCCAUUCAUCUAGCAAACUGAUUCAUCUAGGUUUUGUUCUGCACUCAGAAGAGUUGUCAAGAAGUGUUUCCUCAAUGGAGGAUGACAGUGACCUUAAGCAGAGCUCCUGGGCUAAUCUACCUGAUGUCUGUCUGAGACAUGUCUUCUAUUGGUUAGAUGACAAGGACAGAUCUCAAGCUGCAUUGGUCUGUAAAAAAUGGAAUCAAGCCAUGUACUCAGGAUCCCUCUGGAGAACCAGAACCAUCACAUUCAAUGGCCAACCAUCAAGGGCACAUGCAUUUGAAUAUGAAACUGCACUAUGGUACGUCAAGAAAUUUGGCAAGUAUUUGGAACACCUCAAAAUCAAGCUAUUGCAUCCUAACAGUACUGUCUUUACCCGAAAAUUUCAAGUGUCUAUGAGGAGCCUUUUCUCACAGUUGGGUAAAUGUAACUGUCGCCUGGUAUCCUUGAGCAUCAAGCACCUGGAAUUAGAUCGCUUGGUCUGGAAAAACAUAGUCAGGGCUCAGUUUAUCAAGAACUUAGGUACCUUUCUGAAAAGAAUGAGCAAACAGCUUAAUUAUCUCAACUUAAAAGGAGCAAGAGUAACCUUGGAAGAAGGCUGUGAGCUUCUGAAUUCUCUGAGCUACCUGACUAAUAAAAGCUUUAUAUCCGAAAUAAACAUUGAGGAUUUCUUCAGUCUCCAUCUUCCUGUCUACAGCAGCACCUUGUUCCACCAUACUGUGUCCAAGUUCCACAGCCUGGUUAUCCUGACUUUCAAUUAUAACUGUGUUUCUGAUGAACUGCUGGACAAUCUCUGUAAGAACAGUGCUCAUUCCCUGUGCACCUUGAAUAUCAAAUGUCAUAUCCAUGACCCCCAUGGGCAAGUGGUCCAGGGAAUGUCAUGGGCCAACUUGGCCAAAAGAGCCUCAAAAUUGAAUGUGAACUUCUACUUUGAAAGAGUCAUGAAACAUGACCAUCUAGCCAGGAUCCUGCUAGUGGAGAUACCAGUUAGGAGCAUCAGUUUACGGAGCUGCUAUUUCAGAAACCCGGACUGGAUGAUGAGACCUACUCUCACCAACAUCCUCCCAGCCUACUGGCAUGCGCUGCAGAAAUUAACCCUUGAAGUAAACAAUGACAAUGAGCUGCUGGAUGAUGAGCUGCUACAGCUUAUCUUAUCAUGCAGGAGAUUGUUUUUUCUGAAAGUCUGGGCAUUUCUUAGUGUUACUUUUGUGGAGAGGUUGCUGCAGAAUCGUGCAGAAAGGAAAUGCUUUUUGACUACAAUAAAGGUCAGGAUUUACACAUCCCGACAGGAGACCAGUGAAGAGAAGCAGCUGUUGCACAAUAUUUACAAGAAGUUUAAAAAUCUGAUUGACUCAGAGCUUAACUAUUUUGUCAUCACCUAUCCACUGGAGUAAAGCCACAAGGAGUUACACCUGCAAAUGAUGAACAAAUCCUUUGGAGGGCAUUAAUAGGAGAACUGAAUCUUGUCAGCAUCCCUCUGAAAGGGAGAUACCAUCGUAUGCAAAGGACAAUUUUACUAUGCCCUGGAUUAAAGUGUUGGACUUGGCAACCAGCCUCUUAUAUCUCCAGUAUCACUUAUUCUUGCCGUUCUUUUGUUUUCCCUCACCAGAACCAGAAGCAGCAGUGAGCUUUUUCCUCAGCCCUCGUUGGCACCUCUAGUAAGAAUAAGACCCUCUUCAUUCAGCACUUCCCCUUGUAGAGUUUCAAACAGCUUACCAGUGAGGCCGUCUGUUUGUUCCCAUUUUACAAAUAGGAAAACUGAGACAUGGAGUAAGGAAACGAUUAGCCCAAAAUCAGCCUUGGCUUCGUCUCGAUUCAGAUGCAGUCAGGUACUCCAUUCCACCGCAUCAUCACUCCCUAGUUCUGUUGAGUUUCAUAACACACUCUCUGCCCAGUUCUUAACAGCAGAUGUUAAGAAGAAAAAACCAUACCGCAGCUAAUCCUGGCAGUCAGCACUCCCACUGGACCAGCUUACCAGUGUCUUGUGAGAGAACUGCUCUAGCUUCCACAACUUCUACACCUCUCAGUGGCAAAAGAUGUCAUUGCUUGUACCUGAGAUAACAUGGAAAGCACGUUGCCACAUUCCCUCUUAUUCUGGAACUUUACUGCCCAGUGGGGGAUUUCAUCAGACAUUCAAGAGCACAGUCCUAGCUGUAAGUACUGUCUGUUUUAAUUGCCUCACACAUCUAGAAUGAGGACAGCAUUAAUUCAAAUCAAUAAAUUUGGAGUUUGUCAAAAUCUCAGCAUGAACUGUCCAGUAAUGUGGCUUUAAAAGUUGUUAAUGCAAACAGACUCUCUCAUUGGCUUGCAGAGCACUUCAUCAAUGUAUAAUGUAUCUGCCUUGAUCUGGAUCUCCUCCUCCAGGGAAAGCUGCCGACGUCUCAGACCUUUCAGCUCUGUUUCAGCCAGUGCCAGUGUGUCCUUUAACCUAACAGGGAAAAUACAGCCAGAAGUUAGUUGAGAGUACAUCGAUAUUUUGUCAUAUGCAAAAGUAAUUCGAAGUGAAAAAACAAGGACGGGGAUUCACAAUCAGACAAUAUCCAUGCAGUGUGCUUUAAAGUGUGCUACCCUUAAGGAGAAAGCAUGUCUCAAAAUUUCAUGGAGAAUAGCUGGAACCCAAUGUUACUUGGACUAUUUAUUUAACCAAAUAAUCUGUACCACAGAUUUCCCCACUCUUUCGUCAUUCCCACUUGCCUUUGAAUGUUGUUUGUAAUCUCUUGAAUUUCACCGGUCAGCCUAUAUUGCACUGUGUCAUAACAUAAUUCCACUCCAGGGCGAUGGUUUCUUGCCUCCAAGCGGGUUUGAGCCACUUUAACAGGUCCUUCUUUAUCAGCAAUUGCUUUCUUUAAGGCUACAAUGUUCAUCUCCUGCGAGGCAGCCUCCUUCAUCACCUUAACAAAUCCGACAGAAGAAAGCACAGCACACUUUCUCCUACAAUCAGCAAAAUCCUCAACAUCUUGUUUAAUAGCUGUAGUAACAGUAAUUACAGUAACACUCAUUCUGUUAAGGUGUUAUUUUAUCAACAGAUUUUCACAAAGGUUGUCCAGGAUUAUGACUGGAGAGGCGCCAACAUCACUGAGUUCAGUGGUUAACGUUUAGAACUCAAGCACAGUUUUCAUACGCUGAACUUCAAUCACUCUGGCCCUGAUUUUAUAAGCCAUUAAGCUCUUACAGCACAAUCGCAAAAAACCCUUAGCAGCCCCAUGUAUCUAAAAAUCACAAGGGAAAUCCUGGCUUCAGUGAAAUCUACUAGAAUACUUCAAUCAAUCGACUGAUUUGAGGAAUACACCUUUAUAGCAGUGCACAUCUGGAUAAGUAAAUGAAAUCUAAGAUGACUGUUAAAGGAAACUGAGGCAAGCUUGUGUUGCAGCUGUUGCCAGUAUUGCAAAGGUAAAAUUCUUAACCACAGUAGCUCAAGACACCUCAGUACACUGGACUGAGCCAACUGGUUGAUAACCAAAGCUUGCUGUUUACAUCUUUUCACUGAUGAUCUCCUACAACUUACCACUGCGAGGAGUGUCUCCAGCUUGUGCUUGGCAUCUCUGACUUCCUCCACUCUAUUUCUAAAUGCGAUAUUCACCAUCUCAUAUUGCUUGCACAUGUCAUUCACUGCCUGGGAGAGGAUGCUGUCAAUCAGCACCCUUAGUGCCACUGAAUUGUUUCUCUGCUUGUCAGCCUUUUCAACAUUUAUGUUUGAGAAAUAUAUCCAGUCUUCAGGGCUAACAAAACUGAAAGAGAUUCAAAAUAAAAGGUCAUCAGCUGGCAGCAUCCACUAUUUCAUAAAUCUAUAAUUACUCCACAAACCAAGCACGAGUGUAAAAGGAAAAAAAAAAAUCAUUUUGCUACAAUCUCAAAACAACUUUGUUAUUAUUUUCCUUUCCUGAUAAGAGACUGACUUAUAGCAGGAAAAGGGAGAAAAGAUAUGGACAGAUAGGAAGGAAAGAUGUGGACAAAUAGGCAGACACAUAUAAUAACCAGUAUUUCUUGGAACAUCUUUCAUCAAUGAAGGUGUUACAAGUAUUACAAUUCAGCUAGUAUUAUUAACACCAACUUACUAUGCACACGUUAACUGUGCACACAGGACAGCCCUCCAUGCUUACGUAGUCACUUCCAGCAAUAGUUGGGAAGCCCAUCCUCAGAAGGGGACAGUACUGUCUGUGCACUAGUGGCUGGUAGGCAGGUCUCUGGGAAGUCCCUCAGAGAUUCCUUUGUUUCAUUUCAAUAAUCAUUAUUCGUACAUGGCAGCAAACGCUGUUCUGGGUAUGGCCUGAGUUAAACAACCUGUUGAUGGACACUAACAUGGCUAGUGGUAGGAGCUGGCAGUCCCUUCUAUGCCGAGCAAGUCAGCUCGCUACUCAGCCUGUUUCUUCUUGCCACUCUGUUCUUUUGUGCUGGUAUUUCUUCAUCGAAACCACUAAUUCACCCAAGAUCUGCACACUGGACAGAUGAAUUAACCUCACAUACCUCAUCUGCCUCAGUCCAGCAUUUGACCUGCUUGGACACCCUGAGAGAGGAGAGGAAGUUAGAGGAAUCUAUUCUGGGUUUAACCCACGUGAGAAAUUUACUAUAGCUAUCUGUGAGACUCAAAAACUUCUGGUGAACAGCAAUUCACUGGAAAUAGGAUUAUUGUGGCUUAUUUCAACAAUGUAUUACACAGAUACUAAAAUGAUGGACAGAAGUAUAAAAGAAAUUACACAAGUACAACAGAACAAUGAUGAAUUGUCUUACACACAGCUACUUUAAUUUUGCUGCUGCUGCAGUAGUUCAUCCUAUAAUUGAUAUAAUUAACGUAUAUCCAUCAAGUUAAAUAACCACUUACUUUCCUUCUAUUUCCACUGUUUUAUCAGCGUAUCUGACAUCAGGAGUGUUGUUUGUCAAGCUAGCACAGUAAUUGUCAAUCAUCAAAGCUGUGAACUUGUCUUUCACAUCCAUUUCCAGGUUGUAUUUUGUGGAACGGUUUAGUCUAGAGGAAGAAAUGAUCGCACUCUAAGCCAAAGUCUAAGCACCUACAGAUCUCCCUAAUAUGCAUGUGAGAAAUGGUACACCAGGCCAUGCAAAUGCUGCUCAAAAUUCCUCAUUCACAAACUGUUAUUUGCAACGUCCCGAGACCUAGAGCAUGGUUCAAAUUCCGUAUAAAUCAGUGGUAUAAUUUCAAUUGGAAUUAAAGCCACAGGAUUGGCUGAGAAGGUUGUAGAUCAUGUGGCAGUACUUUCAGUUCUAACAGAACUUCUUACAAUUAAUUGUCAAAUGUUAUGGAUUAGAACAGGACUUCUAUAACUGUGUAGCACUGAAGGUAAUCUUGGCCCCGCAUUCAGCCUGACAUGACUUGUCAAGAUUAUGACAGCCCUGCUUUUCAGCUAACCCAUGUUUGUUAUGCUCUUUGUCUCUGCACCUGAUUUGCUCAUUCGUUUGUUCUAAUGUACGUUCAAGCAAAGCAAUAACCCCCUGCAGAACUCCAGCUUCCUUGACCAAUUCCUGUUCCACUUCAUCAUGCACCAAGUCAGUCCCAGCUCGUCUCUGCCUAAAUAAAAAGAGAAAAGCAUCAGUCACAUUGCUGAAACGCCUAUAGCUAACAGUGGUGAAGCCCAGCAUUCUAUACCCAAAGCUUCUCCUUGCCUUUAUGGGCUUGGCCCUCUAACGUUACAACACAAACCAGACAGUGAUUCUGCUGCACAAGCAGGCCCUUAGUUUGCCACUGCUGUAUUUGUUAAAGGUCUGUUACACAGAUUUUCUUCUCUGCGUGAAUGUUCUUCCUCUUAAUCUCACCUGUUCAGGAGACACUUCUGGGAAAUUACCAGUGGCUCUCUGCAGCUCUCCAAGGCUUUCUCCAGCCUGGUCUUGAAAGUAACCAGUACCUCUGUCUCAUUAACAAGUUGUUCGAGUUUGUUAUCUAAUUCUUGCUUCCAGAACUUUAUUUCUUCCAGUCUCUGUUCUGCAGAAUGAAAAUUUCAAACAACUGUUAAUAAAAGCCCGAGCAUUGUUGGUCGUAUCUUAGAUAUGGCUAGAAAUAGAAUGACUUCAUUAUUGUGUGAAUUUCAUGCUGGACCUGACGUAUGGAGACAUAAUUUCAAACAAAAUAAAGAAUCCACUUGAAAAUA